AUGGGGCUGGCGUUCGAGUUGGUUUUCGACCCCAAGGGGAGAGCCUGCCAGAACGCCCACCACUCAGCGCACCGGCUCGGUCCUACGCAUCCUGCCGCCGCUCCUAGCGGCUCUGGCUCAGCACCGCCCUGCCCCGCCCCGCCCCGCUGCUUAGACCUUUACCCGCCGCUGCCCAGGCCCGCGAGCCGGUCGCCGCCGGAGUCUCCCGCUUGCUCCCAGAGGCCCCGGCGCCGCGCGGCGCUUCCUGCCCGCCUCGCCCGCCUGCGCGGAACCCUGCCCGCCCUGGCAUCCAGCCCCGCAGCGGGCACGCGCGAGGACGAACCCAGGAGCUUCGGGCCGCCGGGUCCUGGGAGGACGGGGACAGCGAGAGGAGCUGGUGUCCCGGAGAGCAGACAGAAGUACUGUGAGUCAUGCUGUGGGCAUGUGCUCUGUCGUCUGACCUCAGGAUGGGGCAGCUGGUGUUGCAGAGCCACAGCAUGGAGACCUGCCCUGGUCAUACCUGCCCUCCAGCACCUUGCACAGACCCUGCCACAGCAGGCGGCUGUGUGGAAGGAAAUGAUCAGGAAGGUCAGUGUCCAUGGAAAGCGCACUCAUUUCAAAAUCUGCCUGGAUGCCUCACCUCUGCAGGUUACUGGGGCCAGUGGAAGAAACCGCGGGUGGUUCUCCGUGGCAAGAGCAUAGCAUCUUGAGAGCUUGCUCCAGUUACUUAUCUAAGCCUUGGUUUCCUUCUCUGUAAAAGGAGGAAAUGACAAUACACAUCCUAGCAGCCUCGUGCAAAAGAGCUUCCUUUGC